CAACAACUUCGAGGAAAUGAAAUCGUAUAUUUUGCUAGCCACUUUGAUUUCACUCAGCGCUGUCGCGACUCAUGAGUUGAAGUCUAAUAAGUCAACUCAAGCCCAUCAGUACUAUGAGAUUUGCCUGAAAGAAUCUGGUGCAAGCGCAGCACAGUUGGACGCUCUGAAAAAGGGUGAUUUCAACGCGAUCGAUGAUAAAGCGAAAUGUUUUCUAAAAUGCGUCCAGAACAAAAAAGGAAUUCUAGAAAACGGCAUGCCAAAUGAAGCAGCCAUCCAUAAGGUAAUGGCGCCGGCGGUUGGUAAUAGUGCGCCAAAAAAUACGCUAGCCAAAUGUAAUGGUUUGAAGGGUGCCAACGAGUGUGAUACCGCCUUUCAGAUAUAUAAGUGCUAUUUGCAAGAGCAUGCUGUCUUGAUUUGA